AUGAAUCCAUCUGGGAGCUCGAGAUCGCUACAUACACCGGUUCCAAGACCAGUCUCUAGUCUCUCCGUGCGACCAUCGUCGUCGUCUCGGCCUUCCUCUAGCAUCUCCCAGCAUCGUCCCUCAACCAGCAUAGGAUUCCGACCCCCGUCCAGCGCGUCUCAUCGCACACAAUCGCGUCUCUCCUUCAGACCACCCUCACGGAGCUCAAGGUCCAGAAUAAUACCACAAUGUCAAACACUGGUUACGCAAGUGACUGGAAUUGAAGACCAAGAGAGCGACGAUUUCAAGGAUCUCGUGGAGUAUGCUUAUAGGCAACUGGAACCGACGACGAUCAGUAAACCGUCUGCCAGUGUGGAUAUUGAAGUUAUUGACCGUACAAUAAGUGGACAUGCCUUGAAAGCUCGCGUGAAUUUGAAAGAGGAGUUGGCGACUAGUCUUGAGCAUUGUUAUAGGAAGCUCAAGGACCAUAUUGAAAGUCAUGAGAGCGACCUUGAUGCACCUGUGGUGUCGAACAAGAUCCCAGAUCAUCUUCAAUUUCUCAUCGCCCUCGCCCAACCCCCUUCAGCAGCCUCUCUUGCAUAUGCAGACCUGUAUCUCGAGAGAGUCAAGAAUCCCCAGCCAUCGACACCACCGCUAACAUGGGCUGAAAUUCUCGCCGAGGAGCCGUUUGAAGGCGACCAUUGGGAGGGCAUCUUGGAUCCUAUAGGCGAUGACUGGGAUACGACCCCCUCCCUGUCACCUCUCAACUCGGACGACCUUGCUCUGGAUGACGAUGACUCAUCUCUUCUGUCCAUGGACGAGGCUGAGCGUGCACCUUCCACGGAUGCUCAGUUCACACCGCCGCAAGAGGCACGACAGCCCUUCUCUCCAGAACACGCCAAAGCGUUCCGCGAGUUACAGCAUCAGCAAUAUUGGAGGAAGGAAUGGCGCUCAGACGCUGAUCCUUCCCGGUCGUUUGACUUGGGGGAUCCUUCUACUCUUGGGCCUUCGAUAGAGAGAGCCGGAGCACGUACUCGCAAGGAAAGACUCGCGCUCGACAUGCUUGCCCCUCCGAAAUAUAUUAACGAAGAAGACAUGGUUCGGGAGGUGCUCAUAGCACUUCAGGGAAGAGAGAAUACCGUCUUUACGUGGGAAAACGACAAUAUGGUCCUGACGUCUUCCCCUCCCCGCUUGAUCCACCUAAGCCUUCAAUCGCAAGCAUCCAUUCUUGAAUCCCUUGGGAAAACGGCAACUACUGUCCAACACCUUCGCCACUUUGUCGCCCACGUCUUCGCACAAUCCGCCAAUCGCAUCACCUCUGCCGAUGGUCAAAGUCGACCUAUACCAAACCUCAGAUUUCCACAAACCAAGACAGCAGAAGCGUUCGCCGAUGCAAUCGAUUUCGAAAUACGCAAGUUCGAGGCUUGGUGUGCAGAGCGGGAGGAAGACAUGUGUCGUGCUGGGUUGGAAAACUUGGAUGAACCAUUGGUUGUCAGCCUUCUCAACACCGAACAGACCCUCCGGAAUGAAUAUGACGAGUCUUUCGAGAUUUUGUCAACGAUUGUCCGGGAUGUCUUUGGAUACCCGGCCGGUUCGACUCGACGCAAGUUUUGGAGGUCAUCGGCAACGCUUUCCACGGCACUUCUGGAUACCCUAUUCUCGCAUUUACAGGAACACAUGGAGAGGAAUGCCGUGGUCACUGGCAACACUCUCCUCCGCGUAUUCGUUUCGUCGUCCGAGCCGAUCUGGGGUAUGGUGGGGAAGUGGCUUCGGAAUGGUAUGAAUGUCGCAACAUUUAGCGACAAGCAGAAUCCAGGCGACCUAGAGGAAGAGUUCUUCAUCGAAUAUAACGGCAUUGGGGUCGGGAUGCUGAGUAUGGGGUUGCUGGAUCCAGACUUUUGGAAGGACGGAUAUUCUCUGCGUGAACUGUCUUCGGAGACAGAGGCCGAGGGAGGAACAGGUUCAGCAUCGAGGCAAAGUGUUGUCCCUACAUUCCUGGAACAUGUAGCAAAGCUCAUUCUAGGAACCGGGAAGGCCACCGGUCUCAUUCGAGCCCUUGGAGUGCCUCUGUCAGCCCAUGGCUUCGCCGAUUGGCCUCUCUUCGCCGAUCUCGUUCGAUCUCAUCCGCGAAAUGUCGAACCUCAGGAAAACGAUGACGGUCCCAGGAGCCUGUUCUCUGUCUCCGUCGACUCCCUUUCCGCAAUCAUCAAUGACCACCUCCGUGAGCCAUGUCAUGAAACUGGCGCUUUCUUGUCUCAGUUGCUCUUCGAAGACUGCGACUUGCGAAGCCACGUAAAUGCCCUUGAAGACUUGUUCUUGAUGAGAAAGGGAGACGCUAUCACGCAUUUCUUGGAUGUCGUCUUUACAAAGAUGGACGCCAAUCAAGCAUGGUCCGACUUCCAUUUCCUAAACACUGCAUUUGGGGACGUUGUCCGUUCCAACCUAACCCCCGGGAGUCAAGAAUGGAUCCAACUCUCCCUUGUGCGACUCUCAUACCGCGGACACAGGGAUAAAGACAGGAACAUCCACCGCACCGUCCGAGCCAUCGAAGGUCUCUCAGUCGAAUAUGCUGUCCCCUUUCCUUUGACCUAUAUCUUCAGACCGGAGAUUGUCCAAAUCUAUAGCGAGAUCUUUGUGUUCUUGUUACAGAUUCGGAGGGCGAAACAUGUUUUGGAAAGGAUAUUGAUUAGAGAGGACAAUGAUCGACACCAGAGGUUGAAGGAGGAGUUGAAAGUGUUUUAUGCGAUGAGGAGUCGGCUGAGUUGGUUCGCCAAUACCCUCUUGAACUUUUUGACGACUUAUGUUCUUCACGUCCAAAUCCUGAAAUUCCACGAAGAUCUCGACAAGGCCAAAAGUCUGGACGAAAUCAUUACUCUUCAUGAUGACCACCUUGACAAAAUUCAAGGCAGAUGUCUUUUGAAGCCGAAUGCUUCUGCUCUUCACAAAUCCAUCAUCUCUAUCCUCGACAUCUGCCUCCAUUUCACCAAUAUAUUCGUCACCUUCGCGGGAGAUACGACCGCUACACACGAUGUCUCACGCCACUCUAUCGUCCUCAAGCAUCGCAGUCGUAAACAACGACGCAUACAACGCAAUGUCAUCGGGUUCUCACAUUCGAUCAGGGAUAUCGACCUUGUUAGUUCCGACGACUCUGACCCUGACGAGAUGCUCGAUGAGAGCGAGGGGCGUGGCCCACCAGAUACCACGACGACCUCGUUCUUGUAUGAUGAGACGAUGGGAGGGGUGGAUGACGGUGAUUUCUUUGGGAGGAUAGAGAAAAUUUCGAGGGAGGUGGAUGGGUUAGUUCGGUUUAUCAGGAGAGGGGUAGAGAGUUUAGCUGGGGGUACUACUGAGGCUGCUCCAGCGUUUGGUGUUUUGGCUUUUGCGUUGGAAGAUUGGGAUUUGUGA